UGUACAUUUGUGAUUUUGUCAAUUAUUUGUUUACAGUUAAGCUGAAGUUUUCCAAUAAAACAUUUAGGAUAAAUUUUAGGGGUAGAGUCAAUCAAUUAUAAAGUAAUUUUAAAUCCUUUGUAUUUUCGGAAUAGAUAGUAAUUUUCCUUCUUAACUGCACUCAGUUUAGCAUCCAUGCAAUGAAAGUACUAUAAAUCCAAGUUACUGAAGAAACCCACCUAUCCCAAGAAUUAUAUUAUCUAUUGUGUUUGGAUUAAAACUUGAAAAUUUUUUUAGUGCUGAUAUGAACCUUAAAUUUAAAGUUCUCUUCAUGAAGUCUGUGCAGGUAGUAAGGUAGCGCCAAACAUGGCACAACAUAUCGUAUUUCUCGUUAGUUUCGUUUCUCUAUUUGUCGUCAACGACCUUAACUACCCAUUCCAACAUGAGGACUGGCUUGAAAACUCUUCUUGCAUUAAACCCAAGAAAGACUUUCAAUUCUUACGUAGAAACAUCUGUUUCUCUCCUCAGAGAUCUAUCUAACGAAAACCUGCUCAGGGAAGGCACAAUCCUCCAUGGCCAUUUACUCAAAACAGGGGUUUCAUCAGAGAGAUUCAUAGCCAUUAAACUCUUGAUAAUGUACUUGAACAGCAGAAAAUCCAUUGAAGCUGAUCAGAUUGCGAAGGAGUUUGGGAGGUUUGAUCUCGUUGCUCAUAACUGUAUGAUUAAUGCUAGCAUUCAAUGGGGAAAUCUCGAUGAAGCUCAGAAACUGUUUGAUGAAAUGCCUGAAAGAAAUGACGUAUCCUGGACUACUAUGAUUUCGGGUCUGAUGAAACAUGGAAGAGUGGAGGAAUCAAUGACGUAUUUUUACAGGAACCCAUUUCAGAAUUUGGUGUCUGUGACAGCUACAAUUACUGGGCUUGUCAAAAACGGCUUUUGUUCCCAUGCUUUGGAGCUUUUCUUAUGGCUACUUGAAUCUGGUAUAAAGCCAAACACAGUGACGUUCACCUCUGUGAUUAGAGCCUGCGGUGCAGUGGGUGACUUUGGGUUGGGAGUGGCCGUCUUGGGAUUGAUUAUUAAAGCUGGAUUUGAGCAGGACAUAUCAGUUUCUAAUUCUUUGAUCACAUUAUGUUUGAGGAUGGGUGAAACUGAUCUAGCUAGGAGAGUGUUUGAUCGGAUGGAAAAGAAAGAUGUUGUUUCUUGGACGGCAAUACUAGAUGUGUCUGUGGGGAUGGGGAACUUGCAGGAAGCACGUAGAAUCUUUGAUGAGAUGCCAGAGAGAAAUGAAAUUUCUUGGAGUGCAAUGAUUGCGAGGUAUGCUCAAAACGGGUAUCAUGAUGAAGCAUGGGAACUCUUUCUUCAAAUGGUCAAAGACGGGCCUAAGCCAAAUAUUUCUUGCUUUUCUUGCGUUCUUAGCACAUUGGCUAGCCUCGAGGCACUGAAAGCUGGGACUGCCAUCCAUGGAUAUGGUAUAAAACUAGGGAUUGAGGGAGACGUAUUUGUCAGUAGCUCUUUGCUUGACUUGUAUUGUAAGUGUAAGAAAACUAAAGAAGGACGUUUGGUAUUUGACUCAAUUUUGGAGAAUAAUGUCGUUUCGUGGAAUUCUAUGGUGAAUGGAUAUAGUCUUAAUGGUCAAAUGGAAGAAGCGAAGAAAUUGUUUGAGAACAUGCCUAUAAGAAACAGUGUCUCAUGGAGUGCUAUUAUUGCUGGUUAUUUGGAAUGUGAAGAGUUCAUUAAGGUGUUUGAGUUAUUCAAUGAGAUGCUUGUGACUGGGGAGACUCCAAAUAAAUCGGCAUUCUCAAGCAUGCUCCGAACAUGUGCAAGCAUAGCUUCAUUAGAGAAGGGCAAGGACCUCCAUGGAAAAGUAGUGAAACUCGGGAUUCAAUACGAUGUUUUUGUCGGUACUGCACUUGUGGAUAUGUAUGCAAAAUCUGGGGAUAUUGAGAGCUCCAAGAAGGUAUUUGAUAAAAUGCCUGAGAAGGAUGAAAUCUCGUGGACUGUGUUGAUUCAAGGGCUUGCAGAAAGUGGUUUUGCCAAGGAAUCUCUUUCACUAUUCAAAGAAAUGGAAAGAACUUCAUUGAUAAUUCCUAAUGAUCUCAUGCUCUUGUCCGUUCUGUUUGCUUGUUCUCAUGCCGGGUUAGUUGAUAAAGGAUGCCAGUAUUUUAAUGCAAUGGAGACAGUUUACCGUGUAAAGCCGAAGGGAAGACAUUAUACCUGCUUGGUGGAUAUGUUAUCUCGAUCAGGACGCUUGACUGAAGCCGAAGACUUUAUCAACUCUAUGCCAUUUCAACCUGAAACUAAUGCAUGGGCGGCACUAUUAAGUGGUUGCAAGUUAUAUAGAAAUGAAGAGAUAGCUGAAAGGACAGCAAGGAAACUCUGCAAACAAGCAGAAAAAAACUCAGCAGGAUAUGUUUUGUUGUCGAAUAUAUAUGCUUCAGCAGGGAGAUGGAUGGACGUCUCAAAGAUUAGGAAAUUAAUGAAGGAAAAGGGAUUGAAGAAAAGUCGGGGCUUUAGUUGGAUUGAGGUGAGAAAUCAAGUUCAUUCAUUUUGUUCGGAAGAUGGAACAAACCCUCAGUCAGCUGAGAUUUACAGGAUCUUAAAGCUCUUAAGGUCUGAAAUGAUGAUUUGUUAGAGACCUUGCAUAUAUUUUCACCAUGUUCAUGAUGAAGUGAGGUGCAUUUGACGCUUGGAAAGGUCUAAAUCUAGUAUAUUUUGAAGCAGUCUAAUCCGCAGCAACACUGGACUGAUGAUGGGGAAUUCCAGAAUGAUGCUAAAUUAUUCACUGGCUGGCAGAGAAUUUAUAUACUCAAUAAACUGGGCCACAGAAAAGAAAAACAUCUAGAACAGGAAUUUACUGCAUCAA